UGCAGGCGUAAGGAAGUGAUGUGCGUCUCCUCCUUCAGCGCGACACGCCCAGCUCAGGAAAGCGCCUUUUUAACGUCCUGGGAUCGGUUCAGACUCUCUAUAGAGAUAAAAUAAGCUUGGUUUUACGUUACGUUUCUCAGUCAACCAGUAGGCCUACUAACAUAUGUCCUCGUUAAGUGGAAAAUCUGAUAAGGAGAUCAGUCAGCUGCUGGAUGAAUAUGGCAUUAAACAUGGACCCAUAGUAGAAUCCACACGGAAGCUCUAUGAAAAGAAACUGAAUGAAGCCAUGGGCAAAAAAGCUAAGCCUUCCUCGCCUGACAAGACAUACUACCGGGAAGAAAAGGAGGAAGUUGAAUAUAUUACCUAUCAUCAGCCCCAGCCACAACUGACCAGACACGAUGGAUUUGGUGAUGUCACAAGGAGGGCAAAGGUCACCGAUGCAGAUUUUGCCCACAACAUACGGUCAAAUCUGACUGAUUACAGAGAUGACAACAUAGGCUAUACCAAUGAGCCGGUUAUCAGCCCAACUCGUAUGUCCUAUCAGAGUUCUUCUCGGCUUGGCCCAUCAGUCUCCACAUCCAUGCAGCGUGGUCCAUCCAGUCCAGAGACCAGCAAAUCUGGAGGUGUGCCGGGCUGGCUUCGUAUCUUGGUGUUUCUUAUCAUUGCUGUGUUUCUUUAUUAUGUGUACACAUGUAUGGAGCCUGCAGAGGAGACCCCCUUUAAAAGCGUUGCGUAGAGGAAUGGUGAGGGGUUAAAUAUGUUCAUCAGCCCCAACCUAAACUGAUUCUGUACAAGAACAACCAUAAAUAUUGCCUGGAAUAAGAGCUUA